AUGCAAUGCAUACCUUCCAACCAAUCGGCCAAUCACGCUAUCCUUGCCUUGAUUCCGCUUCUGCAGCAGUAUAAAAUCUCGGUCCCUUACCUUGAUGCCUACAGCUCAACUUCUUUUCUAGUGAUGUCAAGAAUCUGCAAAAUACUGCUUUUUCUUUUUCUUCUUCUUGGUCUCUUCUUUCUAAAUGGCAUCACGGCUACACCACGAAUGCCCACUUCGCCGAAAAAGGGGGCCGCUUUCUUCCCCCCAAAAAUGCCAGUUCCACCAUCAGGGCCCAGCAAGCAGCAUAAUUCUGUUGUGGAGCGGUCCUUCAUUCCAGCAACAGUAGUCUAUGGUUCAAACCGCCUUGUUCCAUCCGACACGAAUCCCCUCCAUCAAUAA